CUUCCUUCGGUAUCUCAUGUUCUGCCAGGAGGAAUUAGGGGGGAGCGGCGGCAGGCAGACGCGCCGCCAGUUGCUUCUCGUUCGACAGGCUCAAGAGAUAACUUUCGGGCAGCUCUUUGCAGUUCUCCUAGCAGGGGGAGAGGAGAGCCGUCAGGGGCCUAUCGAUGGAAGGCCUUUAGUGGACCACCCUUUCGAUGGAUCCUAGCAAGUAUUUAGCUCGGUUAUUUUACCCGUCUCGCUCUCAUUCUCAAGUCUCUCCACCCGUUUUAGCUUGUUCGCUCCGCUGGUCUCCUGGUCUCUUAGCUCCUUCGAUCAGGAAGGAACAGGCGGUUACUAUCUUUCACACGAGAUGGCACUUGCGAAACAGAUUUCUACCGCUACCUUUCUGACUCUCCUUCUUCUCCUCUUAGACCGAGUCUCAGUGGAUUCGCGUUUCGUCGGCGUUUCCUGGAGCCAUGCCUCGCGUGACGUCAGCAACGAGGAGUGGCUUAGGCUCUCCUCGCGAAACCUGCAGGAAGCAUCCAUCUCUACCGGACACUCGCCAGCUGCUGCUUUUUCUACUACUGGAUCUAGUAGUAGCGGAUCUGACUCUACUAUUACAGUGACAUCUGACGUGUCUGACUCGUCCGACGUGUCAGUUUCGUGUUCAAACGCGACAUCAUCUCCAUCGCCGUCGCCGUCGCCGUCACCUUCGUCAGCACCGUCGCCAGCAUCGUCGCCGACGCCAUCGCCGUCACCAGCACCCUCCCCGUCGCCGGCUUCUGCGCCAGCGUCUGUUUCGUCGAGCGCCGCUGUCGCGCCUGCUCCUGCGAGCGCCAGCUGUCCCGUGUGCCUCACCGUGACUGGCGGAGGAGCGUACUCGCGGCCCUGCUGCCUUCCGCAAGCCACGUGCUGCGGCGACGGCGCUAAUGCGCUGUGCUGGGGCGUGUGCGGUAACACCACCUGCUGUGGCGUGAGCCCAAGCACAGUGGAUCACACAUGCUGUGGAGGAGUGUGCUGUCCCAUUGCUAACUGCUGCAGCUCGUCGGCUACCCCUGUGUGCUGCUCUCAGGGGAACACGUGCUGUGUAUAGGUUUUUGUUAGCCUGACUGCAUCAUUGUUGCUUUACCCUUUUUGUUGCUCUAGAUGCAACAGAGGCGAUGCCAUCCAGAAGUGUACAUAGAGCCUGUUCACUAUGAUCUUUGUAUUUGUGGUGGCUCUUCACACGUUCCCUUGCAUUGCAUGAUUCCCUAAUACUGGAAGCUAGGUUGAGGAUCCUCCUCACGCUUCCGCCCUAGCACACGCCCUCGCCCUAGCCUAGCGCGCUUCGACCCUAGCCUCGCGCCCCGUUGUUAGCUGCCUCCCCUCCUUCCCCUGCUCGCCGAGUAGCCCGCGCCAGCCAGCGCCAGCCGACGCCAGCCCGCUCCAGCCAGCACCGUCGUUAGUCGCCUCCCCCCCCUCGUUAGUCCAUAGCCGGCCCCUCCCUCUCGCUGACCAACGACCAGACCACCAUCUCGGGGAUGGCUCAUCCGUCCUGACAGCAAGUAAUAAUGGACUGGCGGUGGCUGACAACCACAUGGAUGGUUCCAGGUCACUGCCCAGAGAGCAAGUGGCUUUUGGA